AUGGCACCUAAGAAACCCACUUCUGAAGCAGCUCCGCCCCCUUCGUCCAGAAGAAGUGCGAGAAUUGCUGAACAGCCCAAAUCCACUUCGAUACCUACCAAUGGUGUCAAGGUGAAUUCGAAGAAGGAAGUCAAUUCCCAGAAACGAUCAGCGGAGAAUGAUGCUUCCACCGAUAACAAGAAGGCCAAAGCGACCACCACUUCUAAAGCUUCUGAACCCAAGUCAUCGAAGAAGGAAGAUACCAAAUCCAAGGAAAAAGAGGAAAAGAAAGCUGAAGCUCCUGCGUCUGCUAAAGCCGACACAGGAUCUAAGGGCGCACUGAAACUCGGCGAUAAGCCGCCUAAGAUCACUCUGAAGGAUAACGAGGGGAACGAUGUGGAUGUCAGUCAGCUGGCCGGAGAGAAAGGUGUGGUGGUGUUCUUGUAUCCCAAGGCCGAUACCCCCGGUUGUACAACCCAGGCAUGUGGGUAUAGGGACAACUACGACCAGAUCAAGGAAUUCGGAUAUGAUAUAUAUGGAUUGUCGAAGGAUAAAUCUGAAGCUCAACAGAAAUGGAUCAACAAGAAGGAACUGACAUACAAAUUACUGUGCGAUCCCGAGAGCAAAUUCAUCAAGAGACUCGGUGCAUUCGUACAGCCCAACAAUACCAAACGAUCCCAUUUCAUCUUUGAGAAAGGUACAGGUAAAUUGGUAGACAUAGCUUUAGGUGUGAAACCUGCCGAUGACCCUACAAAUGUCUUGAAGUUCUUGGAAAAACAUCAUAAAUAA